CGCUAUGGCAGAACAACCCCAGACUGAGAUCUUUUCUGUCCCAAGAUGUCGAACAACACUCGUAACGAACACCAUUCUCAUAUCCCUCUUCUUGAACACCGUCAUCGUUAUCUCGAGCAUCGCUCUUCCCAAUUAUGGUCCCCUCGCUCUCUGGUUUAACACAAGCACCGCCGUCCUGACAUACAUUCAUCACUUCGCGGUCCUUUACCUUGAUAGGAAAUACCGGCAUACGCCCAAGAAAUCUCCUGUGGUGUCCACCUUAUGGUGCAUCAUAAUCCUGUUCCUCAUCGGGGCGUCAUGGCUGGUCGCCAUCACAUUCGACCUUCUCUUCGGAUUGAAAUACUUUCAGCGGCCGGCGGUGCAGGCGUUCGGAUAUGUCGUGGGGUUCCUUUCGACACUUGUGGAAGCGGGGCUCAUCUUCUUCUUGGGAUGUACAUGUAUUUCGGAGAGAAAGCAUGCCCAACCGGAGUAUGAAGGGGCUUGAGAUGUCUCCAUCCAACGAACGCUGGUGGAGGUUGACCAUGGCGAAGUAAAAUUCCCCUGUGAUAUGAUGAUUAGACGAAAAUUCUACGACGACUUCUCUCAAUAAUGAGGCUAUCAUACUGAUUCUAAUA